CCGCGCCUCGGCACUGAUCGAGCGCCGCUCCCGGACCUGCCGCGGGCUGGACUCGCCGCCCCGCCGCCCCGGCCUCCAGGAUCAUGUGGUACGUCAGCACCCGGGGGAUGGCCCCACGGGUCAACUUUGAGGGCGCUCUCUUCUCUGGCUAUGCACCAGAUGGGGGUCUCUACAUGCCAGAGGAGCUCCCGCUGCUGGACCGAGAGACCCUGCAUCGCUGGAGCACACUGUCCUACCCCGGCCUGGUGAAGGAGCUGUGUGCCCUCUUCAUUGGCUCUGAGCUCAUUCCAAGAGAUGACUUAGAUGGUCUGAUCGACCGGGCCUUCAGCAGAUUCCGCCACAGAGAGGUGGUCCCGCUGAGCAGGCUGAAGAACGGGCUGAACGUGCUGGAGCUGUGGCACGGGGUCACCUAUGCCUUUAAGGACCUGUCCCUGAGCUGCACCGCUCAGUUCCUGCAGUACUUCCUGCACAGGCGGGAGAAGCAUGUCACCAUUGUUGUCGGGACUUCUGGGGACACAGGGAGUGCAGCCAUCCAGAGUGUUCAAGGAGCAAAAAACAUGGACAUCAUUGUUCUGUUGCCCAAGGGCCACUGCUCGAAGAUUCAGGAGCUCCAGAUGACAACAGUGCUGACGGACAAUGUGCAUGUGUUUGGAGUGGAAGGGAACAGCGACGAGCUGGAUGAGCCCAUCAAGGCGGUGUUUGCGGACGUGCCCUUUGUCCGGAAGCACAAUCUCAUGAGCCUCAAUUCCAUCAACUGGUGCCGCGUCCUGGUGCAAAUGGCCCACCACUUCUUCGCUUACUUCCGCUGUGCGGCUUCCUUGGACUCCCACGUUCUGCCCCCCGUGGAGGUGGUUGUGCCCACAGGGGCUGGUGGGAACCUUGCAGCUGGAUGCAUUGCUCAGAAGAUGGGCCUGCCCAUCCACCUGGUUGUGGUGGUGAACUGCAAUGACAUCAUCCACAGGACUGUCCAGCAGGGAGACUUCUCUCUGUCCGAGGCCGUCAAACCUACCUUGGCAUCAGCUAUGGACAUUCAGGUACCGUACAACAUGGAGAGGAUCUUCUGGUUGCUGUCAGACUCCAACAGCCAGGUGACGAGGACCCUCAUGGAGCAGUUUGAAAGGACCCAAAGACUGCAUCUGUCCAAGGAGCUUCAUGGCAAGCUCUCAGAGGCAGUGACGUCUGAGUCGGUGUCUGAUAAGACCAUCACCCAGACCAUGGGGCGCUGCUGGGCGGAGAACCGGUACCUGCUAUGCCCUCACUCGGCCGUGGCAGUGAGCUACCAUUACCAGCAGACCGACAGACAGCGGCCCAGUGCCCCCAGGUGCUGCCUGGCCCCUGCUUCGGCAGCCAAGUUCCCAGAAGCAGUCCUGGCCGCUGGACUGACUCCUGAGACUCCAGCUGAGAUCCUGGCCCUGCAGCAUAUGGAGACACGCUGCACCCCGAUGCGAAGAGGGGAAGACUGGACACUGAUGCUUCGGGACACGAUUGAGGGCCUAAGCCAGCGGUGGAGGGAUCUUGCUACGCACGCCGUGGCAUAGCCAGGCCGGAGCUGGCUUUGUUUAAGCAUGCUGUUCCAAGAGGUGCACCUUUGAGCAGCUUGUGCCCCCUUCUCCUGAGGAGAGUUGGCCUGGGACAUUCCCAGGAGGCUGGUCCAGUGGUGUGGAGCCAGCUGCUUGCCUUGCUUCCAUGAAGAGUCGUGGAGAAGGAGAGGAGGAGGAAUGUGGCUGAUGUUGAAAUGUCCUCACCACUGACUAGUGUAGUUACAGCACUGUGCCAUGUACGGGUUCCAGAGCCUGCAAUAGACAAGCCUUGAACCCAGGGUUGACCUUGGAUUCCAGGUGGCAAGACCCUCAGACAGACCACCUGCCUCAGCACAGGCCUUGAGCUUAUGGUCUCUAACUCAGUCUGGGUGCCAAACUGAAUCUAUAGCCUUAGCCCUCCUUUCUAGAACCGUCUAGUCUGUUAAAAUGUUGUGAAUCCAUGGAAUAAAAGUGCUAUUUGGUCCA